AUGGUCAAAUCAUCUAAAUCAUCAAUUAUCUUCUUGGUCCUCGCAAGUGUUACAUUAUUCACUAAUGCAAUUCCUGUUGAUUCUUCACCUGGGAACGAAAUUAUAUUAGACAAUAACACCAUCUGCACUUACCUUCCUCCUGCACCAGGAGGGUAUAUUGCUGAUCACGAAAACGAUGCUAUACCAUUCUGUAAUACAAGUACCCCACCAGGACUACAAGGUUCGGUCAAUAUUAUUCCUGGCGGACUUAUUGCAACAGCACAUUUCAAAGCUGAUGAUGGAUACGUUCAAUAUACGGGUAAAAUAAAUCCAGACGCAUACCAAUUGCAUCAUGAUGAUCAAGGUGGUCAAUAUGAUAGUGUAGGAGCUCCAGCAGGUGCAACAUGUGUGGGUUUUGAUAAAUUUGUAAACAUAAUCGAACCAGCAGAUCAACGUUUCUGUAUCCGUUGUUGUACUGAUUCAAGCAAAUGUGAUACUAAUGACAGUACUAAAGGAUGUCCAUAUGUCGUCCCUGGUGAUUACAGUUAA